CCAAGUAGCUGGGAUUACAGGCAUGCACCACCACGUCCAGCUAAUUUUGUAUUUUUAGUAAAGAUGGGGUUUCACUAUGUUGGUCAGUCUGGUCUCGAACUCCUGAUCUCAGGUGAUCUACCUGCCUUGGCCUCCCAAAGUGCUGCUGGGAUUACAGGCGUGAGACACUGUGCCCAGCCUUAUUUUUAUUUUUAUUUUUUUUCAAGUAGAGACGAGGUUUGACCAUGUUGGCCAGGCUGGUCUCGAACUCCUGACCUGAAGUGAUCCGCCUGCCUUGGCCUCCCAAAAUUCUGGGAUUACAGGCGUGAGCCACUGUGCCCGGCUGCCCAGCCUUAUUUUUAUUUUAUUUUAUUUUUUUGGAGACAGAAUCUCGCUCUGUCGCCCAGGCUGGUCUUAAACUCCUGAGCUCAGGCAAUCUGCCUGCCUCGGCCUUCCAAAGUUUAGGAUAACAGCAGGCGUGAGCUACCAUGCCCAGCCAGAAUACUCUCAUUUUAAUAGAUGCUGGGUAGUUUGAUGUGGUAGAGCUCUUUUGUCGUUGAAGAUUUUUAAUGGAAACAUCAGAGAUUUUGUCAACUGUGUUUGAGAUUUAGGAGAACUAUUACAAUCGCUUUUACCUGUGUUGCUGAAGGAAGAUAAAGUAGACUCUGUGGGUCUCAUCGUGGUGCUCUUUCCUCCCUGCUCGUCACACUGCAGUAACUGCAGUGCCUGGUAUAGCAGUGGCCAGUGGGGCAUUGUAGGGUGACCCACCAGCUCUCCUGGGAGGUCUCUCUUCUCAUUCGAUGCACUCACGUCAGCUUGGCUGGGCAGGGAUGUGAGUUCUUACACUUCAGGUAGAUGAGGACGCAUGGACACAGAGCAACCUUAUUUCCUCUUGCCAUACUUUGCACGGUGAUAAGCACACAGGUCCUUGAAUGGAGAUGCUCAGUCUCAGCGACUUAAUUCAGAAUAUGCUUACUGGGAGUUCAGGGAGGGAGAUGCAACAAUUUUCCGUACUUCUGCCUCAGUGUCAGGUAUUCUUUCUUGCCAUAUUUAUUGAUUGCCUGGUAUGUGCCAGGUGCAUGUAUAUAUGCUGAUGAUGCACUGGUGAAGAAAAUGAAGUCUCUGCCUUCUUGGAGUAUACAUUCCAGUGGAGAAAGACAUAGGUUUUAUGCCUGGUGGUAAAGAAUGCUGUAAGAGGCCGGGCGCGGUGGCUCACACCUGUAAUCCCAGCACUUUGGGAGGCCAAGGUGGGCAGAUCACGAGGUCAGGAGAUCGAGACCAUCCUGGCUAACACGGUGAAACCUCAUCUCUACCAAAAAUACAAAAAAUUAGCCGGGCGUGGUGGCGGGCGCCUAUAGUCCCAGCUGCUCAGGAGGCUGAGGCAGGAAAAUGGUGUGAACCCGGGAGGCGGAGCUUGCAGUGAGCCGAGAUCGCACCACUGCACUCUAGCCUGGGCGACAGAGUGAGACUCCGUCUCAAAAAAAAAGAAUGCUGUAAAACAGAAUAAAGUAGAGAAGGGGGAUAGGAAUGGCAGUGGUGGGUCUUUUUAGAUGGAGUAUUCAGAGAAGGUCUGUCUGAGGAGUUUGAGCAGAGAACUGAAUAGAUGAGGGUGUUGGAAAAACGUUUUUGGGCAUGGUGUAAAGGCAUGCUUGAGGGAUUCUAAGGAGGCUGGUGUGUGGCUGGAACUAAGUGAGGGGAUGAGAGGUGCUAGGAGAUCACAUGAGACCAUGUAGGCCACUGUUAGCAGUGAGUACAAUGGUAAAUGAGUAGAAGGAUUUUGAACAGCAAGAUUGCUAUGAUCUUACUUAACACUUAUAAAAGAGUCACUCCUAUGACUUUUGUAGGGUGAGUAAGCUAUAGUAAUAUCAAUAGAAAUGAACAUGCUUUGCAUUUGCCAUGUGUCAGGUAUUAUUAUUAUUAUUUAUUUUUAUUUAUUUUACUUUUUUUUGAGAUAGGGUCUUACUCCGCAGCCCAGGCUGGAGUGCAUUGGCAUUGAUCAUGGCUCACUGCAGCCACGACCUCCUGGGCUUAGGUGAUCCUCCCACCUCAGCCUCCCAGGUAGCUGGAACUACAGGUGUACGCCACCACACCUGGCUAAUUUUUUAUAUUUUUAGUAGAGAUGGGGUUUUGCCAUGUUGCCCAGGCUGGUCUCAAACUCUGAGUUCAAACAGUCUACCUGCCUCAGCCUCCCAAUGGGCUGGGAUUACAGGUGUGAGCCACCAUGCCCAGCCUCAUCAUUCUUAUUAACUUGUUUAAUCCUUUCAAUAAUCCUAUUAAGUAGAAUUAUUAGGUAAUUAGAAUUAGGUUAAAAAGAGCUGAGGUGUGGGUGUUCGUUUCUCAGGUAAAACAUGGCUAAAAGCUUACGGAGUAAGUGGAAAAGAAAGAUGCGUGCUGAAAAGAGAAAAAAGAAUGCCCCAAAGGAGGCCAGCAGGCUUAAAAGUAUUCUCAAACUAGACUGUGAUGUUUUAAUGAAAGAUGUUCAAGAGAUAGCAACUGUGGUGGUACCCAAACCCAAACAUUGCCAAGAGAAAAUGCAAUGUGAGGUAGAAGAUGAAAAAGAUGACAUGAAAAUGGAGACUGAUAUUAAGAGAAAUAAAAAGACUCUUCUAGACCAGCAUGGACAGUACCCAAUAUGGACGAACCAAAGGCAACGAAAAAGGCUGACGGCAAAGCGAGAGAAAAGAAAGGGGAAAAGCAAAGCAAAAGCAGUGAAAGUGGCAAAGGGUUUGGCCUGGUAGACUCUUAAAACCUUGGAAAAUGCCACAUGGGAUAGAUGACGGAUUAGAAUGUAUACACAUGUAUACUUUGAUUUCAGCUGCCACCAAAUGAAAACCAUUUGUUUUCCUAUUUUAACUUAGCCUUUUUUCUUCAAUUCAAA